AUUAAUAAUAAAAAGUUAUAUAACAACUUGAAAAUUAAUUUAAUUAAAUGUUUUAUGACUUUAAUGUGGAUUAUUAAAAAUAUAUUUCCUACUUCAUACUUGACAAUAUCGAUAACUAAAUUAUUUAAUGAGGUUGAAAGAACAGAUAAAAUUGUUUCUGAAAUUAUUCGCGUUUAUCCAAAUAACAUGAGAAUCAGAUAUCAAAUGGAACAAUUUUCAAUGGAAUUAUUACAUAAAAAUAUAAAUUUUAAUGCCUUUGGAUUAUUUUCAUUUGACGGAUCUCUUUUGAUAUCGUUACUACACACAGCGAUAAUUAAUACAUUUAUAAUUAUUAAUUUCAAGACUGGCAAUUAAUUACAAUAUAAUGUAUCCAAGGAAAGAAGAUGAAAAAUUAUCAAAGUACACAAGGAAGACGUUAAUCUUAAUAAUAUAUAUAUAUAUAUAUAUGAAAUAUGACAAGUUGAUAAUAUACAUAUCAUCCAAGAUACCGUCAAUAAUUUAAUCUUAUUAUUCAAUCAAAAAUAAUAAAAAAAAAACACAUGUACAAUACACUCAACUGCUGUAUAAGCCCUUUUUCAUUUAUUCCUGAUUAUCUUUUUACGUAUAUAAAUAUAUAAUAAUAAAAAGAGGCGUUUCUUUUAAAUUGUAUAGCGACAUUAUUAUUCGUUCAGUGCAAUCUGUCUUUCAGUCUAUACAUAUAUAUUAUAUAUAUAUAUGAAUGACCGCGUACAGUCUGAUCGAGUUGCGAUUGGCAGAUUCGAAUGAUGUGGAAAUCCGUAGUCUCCUUCUUCACUCUCUAUCACAAGUGUAUUUUCUCCUUCCAUUAUUUAUUAAGUGUAAUGUAACCGUCUGUUAAAGCCCAUUCUCUCUACUCUUCUCUCAGCAAUUCAACAUCUCUCACCACCUGCCAUUCAACUACCACUCAGUUACCUGCUCCAAUCGGAAUAAUCCGCAAAUCAGAUAAUAAAGUAUGGCCGCCUCUCUUAUUAUCAUUAUCAUUAUUAUUAUUAUUAUUAUUACCAAUCACCAUUCUUAUUUUUUCAUUUGGUUAAAUAUAUAACUAUAACAUGUUUAUUUGUUUAUACGAAUUUUAUUAUUUCUUAAUCUACAGAUUGGAUUUACUAAUAAGUUAUUUAUUAUAAAAACUGUGAUUCGAUCAAAUGAUUUAUUAUUCACUGUCAAGUUAUUAUUUAAAAAUAAAAAUUUAUAUUGAAGAUUUAAAUAUAUUUAACGUUAAAUAUAUCGAUAUUACCUA